AUGAAAUGUUACGAUUUAAGAAGAGCAUUUACAAUUGUAUCAACUCACAAAGGAAGCAAUUUGUUCGUCGUUUUUCAACUCCAACAUUACCCGAGUUUGCAGAUGUUGUUAUCAUAGGUGGUGGGGCUGCUGGUUGUAGUACACUUUAUCAAUUAACAAAACGAGGUGUCAAUGCUAUACUUCUGGAACGCGGUCAAUUAACUUGUGGAACAACAUGGCAUACAGCCGGUUUGGUAUGGAGAUUGCGGCCGAAUGAUGUCGAAAUUCAAUUGCUAGCCACCACGCGUGAAUUGUUAAUGAAUUUAGAAUCGGAAGUAGGACUGAACAGUGGUUGGAUAAAUAAUGGUGGAUUAUUCAUAUCCCAUACACCACAACGAACAAACGAAUAUCGUCGAUUACAAACAUUAGGUCGAUGUUUUGGCAUCGAGAGUCACAUUUUAUCGCCACAGGAAACACAAGAAGUUUUUCCAUUACUCGAUCCAAAGUCAUUUACAAAUGCAUUAUAUUCACCUGGGGAUGGUGUUGUUGAUCCAGCCAUGAUGUGUGCUGCUCUUACUCGUGCAUCAACAGCAAAUGGUGGUCGUGUGUACGAGAACUGUUCAGUUGAUGAAUUAAUUGUUGGAAAAACGUUUCUAGGGGAUAGAGAAGUUCGAGGUGUACGAACGCCACAUGGUACAAUAAAGACAAAUACAGUCAUCAAUGCUACAGGUGCAUGGGGAAACGAAUUAUUAGAACCACUCGAUAUACACUUGCCGCUUGUUCCAAUGAGACAUGCUUAUGUCAUAUCUGAGACUAUAAAAGAAGUGCAGGGGAUGCCUAAUGUUCGCGAUCACGAUUUCAGUCUCUAUUUCCGUAUUCAAGGUCAAUCCAUUUGCAUGGGCGGAUAUGAAAACAAUCCGAUUCUACUUGAUAAAGUUCCAUCAGACUUUCAAUUUGGUCUUUAUGAUUUGGAUUAUUCAGUAUUUGAUACACACAUUGAAGGUGCCAUCAAACUUUGCCCAACAUUUGGAAAUGCAGGCAUCAAAAGUACAAUAUGCGGACCCGAAAGUUUUACGCCAGAUCACAAGCCGAUUAUGGGACCAGAUCCAAAUCUGACGGGAUUAUUUCACAGUUGUGGAUACAAUAGUGCUGGUAUGAUGCUUUCCGGUGGCUGUGCAAAGCAAUUAACUAGCUGGAUUAUUCAUGACAGACCGGAUUUGCAUAUGUUUGCAUAUGACAUCAGGAGAUUUACACCACGACAAAGAAAGGCUUAUACAUGGGCUGUGGAGAGGAGUCAUGAAGCCUACGCAAAGAAUUAUAGUAUCGUCUUUCCAAAUGACCAACCACUGGCUGGUAGAAAUUAUUUUCAAGAUCCAUUCCAUAAAAUACUCGUAAAUAAUGGCGCUGUUAUGGAGGAAAAAGCCGGCUUCGAACGUCCAGGAUAUUUUGUUGAUGAUGGACCGAUUCCUGUACAAAAAUAUGAUUGGUAUGGAUAUUAUGGACGAGAAAAAAAUACAAAUACACGCUAUGUUGACAAACUUUCGGGUGAUUACAAGUUCGAGUUUUCCGAUCAUCAUGAAUUGAUUGGAAAGGAAGCGCAGUCUUGUCGUGAAAAUGCAGUUGUAUUUAACCAGAGCUAUUUCUGUAAAGUUUUCCUCACAGGACUUCAAGCAGAAGAAGCUGCAAAAUGGAUUUUUACUGCAGAUCUUAAUAAGCCAUCAAAUAAAACGAUCUAUACGUGUGCCUUAAAUAGUCGUGGGGGUGUAGAAAUUGACUUGACUGUUACGACUUUAGAUACUGCCAAUGAGGAGUUAAACGAUCCGACUUUCAAAGGACGAGGAUACUAUUGUGUUGCCGGUGGAGCGUCUGCUUUUCAUACAAUUGCACAUAUGCGAGAAGCCAUACAGGAAAAAGGAUUUCGUGCGAAAUUGUUCGAUGUUACGCACGAACUUGGCAUUCUAUCGAUUCAAGGUCCAAAAAGUAGAGAAAUUCUAUCUAAGAUAACAAAUCACGAUUUGUCAAACGAAAGUCUAGCUCCAAACACAGCAGCAAUAGUGAAAAUAAAAGGGAACGAUGGAACUGAUUACAAUGUUCGAGUUUUACGUGUUAGUUUUGUAGGCGAAUUGGGCUACGAGCUUCAUAUUCCAAAGGAAACGUGCAACGAUGUUUACAACAUUUUAAUGAAUGCUGGUGCUUCAUAUGAUCUAAAGAAUGCCGGAUAUCGUUCACUGUAUUCACUGAGCAGUGAAAAAGGCUAUCAUUUAUGGGGCUUUGACUUGCGUUCCGAUGACACACCGAUUGAGGCAAAUUUGGGAUUCACAUGUCGAAAGGAUGGCUUUAGGUACAAAGGAAAGGAAAUUGUUGAGCAACAACGUCAAUCUGGCGCAUACAAACGUCUCGCAUACUUGACAUUGAAGGAGAAAAUUCCGCUUUUUGGCCUAGAAGCUGUUUAUCGCAAUAAUGAAAUUAUUGGACACAUGAGACGAGGAGAAUGGGCAUAUACUCUCGAUUGUGCGCUCGGUCAAUGCUAUAUAAAGCGUACAGACUCCAAUAAACCAAUCGAUAUCAAUUACAUAACAUCAGGAAAAUAUCAAAUUGAAGUAAUGGGAAAGUUAUAUGAUGCUGAUAUUCAUCUCAGAUCGCCAUUUGAUCCAAAAGGUCGCAGAAUUCUCGGUGAAUAUGAAAGUUAGAUGGAGAUACCAAUACAUUGGAUAAAUGAUCUGAUGGGGGAAGUAAGUCAAUGGGAAAUGAUGUAACUUUUUUAUCAUUUACAAGUUUUUCCCAUUCGAGACUGUGUCUUGCUAGUUUGUAAGUUUUAAGGCAAUAUUUUUUUCUUUUGUUAAGCUUGAAUUUAAUAAAUGUUUUAAAGAAAUUCAAGUCGAUCUAGAUCGAUUUUUCUCAUGAAUUAAUUAUAAAAGACAGUAAGUAAGACUUAUGUUGGUCGUACGCGG